AUGUGAUUUGCAAAUAUGUUCUCCCAGAACGUAGCGUUUCUUUUCAUCCUCUUAACAGGGUCUUUUGCAGAGCAAAAGCUUUUUAUUUAAUGAUGAAAUCUAAUUUACCAGUUUUUGUAAAUUGUGCUUUUGAUGUCAAAUGUACGAGAACUUUGUGUAGCUCUUAAUCCUAAAGUUUUUCUCCUUUUUUUUUUCAAAAAGUCCUGAUUUUUUGUUUUACAUUUAAGUCCAUAGUCAAUUUUGAGUUGAUUUUUGUCUUAAUGUGAGGCUUAGGUUGAAGGGGUUUUUUUGGUUUUGUUUUGUUUUGCCUGUGGAUGUCUAAUUAUUCCAGUACAUUUGCUGCAAGGCUGUCUUUCAGUAUUGAAUUUCUUUUGCAUCCUUAUCAAAAAUCAUUUGGGCAUGUUUGUGUGGCUCUUUUACCUGCAUUCCCUCUUCUGCUCUAUUGAUCAAUGUGUCUGUCUCCCCACUAGUACUACACAAUCUUGAUUACUGUAGCUAUAUAAUAAGUCUUUAAAUUGGGUAGACUAAUUCUUCUCACUUUAUUUUUCUUUCUCAAUAUUGUUUUAGCUAAUCUAGUUCCUUUGCCUUUCUCAAGAAUUUUGAUAUGAUCUCGUCUUUUUUUACAAAAUAUCUUGCUGGAAUUUUCAGAAGAAUUGUACUAAAUAUGUAUAUCAAGUUGUGGAGAAUUGAAUUCCUUUCUACACUGAGUCUCCGAACUCAUGAACAUAGUAUCUUUCCCAUUUGUUUAGAUCUUUGAUUUUUUCAUCAUUGUUUUGUGUGAUUUUCUGCACAUUAAGUGCUAUACAUGUUUUGUAAGACACCUGAUUAUUUUUCUUUUUUUUGUAGCAAUUGUAAAUAGUUUUAUACUAUUGAUUUCAGUGUUUGUGUAUUCACUGUUGGUAUAUAGAAAUAAAAUUGAUUUUUUAUGUUGAUUUUGUAUCCUGUAAUCUUACUGAACUUCCUUAUUGGAGGGUUUUUAAAAUAAAUUCCUUGGGAUUAUUUAUGCAGACAAUCAUCUCAUCUACUUAUAGGGACAGUUUUAUUUUUUCCUUUCCAUCAUAUGCCUUUCAUUUCUUUUUUAUACACUGACUAGAAGUUCCAGCAUUGUGUUAAAUAAGAAUGACGAGAACGAGCAUUUUUGCCUUGUUCUUGAUCUAGGAGGAAUAUGUUCUUUUUUUACCUGUAAGUAUGUUAGCUGUAGGAGUUUUUUGUGGAUGCUCUUUAUCAAGUGGAGAAAGUUCCUCCCUAUUCCUGUUUUCUUGAGGGUUGUUUUUUUUUUUUUAUCAUGAAUGAACAUUAUCUUGUCAAAUGCUUUUUCUACAUUGAUUGAUACAAUUAAGUGAUUUUUCUUUUAGCCUUUUAAUAGAGUGGAUUAUAUUGAUUGAUUCUGAUUAUAGAACCUUCCAUUUUAACUUUUUCUCUGCCAUCCCUAUAGCAGGCGAGGAAUGAGAAAGCACUACCUCAUUAAUAUGAGGUGGAGGUAGAAGUCCAGAUUCCCUGUUUGGUCUCCUUUGACACUCUGGGGGCAGGGGGCUCCUCAUUACUGCUGAGCUGGGGAUAAGCCAUGGAGGGGUUGACCUGGUACCUGCUGGGCUCUACUAAAAGUCCUGGCCUUUCACUAAGCAUCCCCUGAUACUGCUUAACAGUGGGAAGGGAGAAAGUAUUAAAGUUACUGGCCAGCAAGUAUUAAAGUCCCAGCUCCCUACCUGGCCUUCUCUGACACCACUAUGAAGAGAUAUUAGAGAACUUUUUUUCGGCCUUGGAAAGGCAGAAGUCUAAGCUCCCUGCUCAACCUUAGCUUCUGGAGGUUGGGUCACAGUUUUGUCUCUGGUGUUUGGCUGGAGUAGAGCCACUAUUUAAAAUUGUUCUGUCUUGCUAGGCUUCCCCUUUCCUAGUCCUUUGGUCAGAGAGAGCUGACUUGUAUUGGGGCUCUUUUUGUCUGCACUCAUUGGUAUUUCCGGGUUGCCAGCUUCUUCAGGUCCAAAUCUGGGAUGUUUGAGGCUAAAAGGAAACCCAGGGAACUCAGGUCCCUGGUCACUAGCCUUUCUGCUCUCUUCUCCCCACCUUUCAGAGUUUUCUUAUGUUUGUUUUAUGUAUAAUAUAUUGAGCAGUGUUAAAGAAAACAAAAUUCAACUGAGUAAACGUGAAGAUCUCACUGGCUUUAUUAAGCAAUUCAUGAAUCGCACAGCAUCCCACCUGGCAAGUAGAAAGAUGCACCAUGGAGUUGUACAAAAUGGGAGGUUUUUACAGGAAGGAGGGUGGAACAAGAAGUUAUUGGCAAAAGUAGAGGAUUGGUUCAGGCCCGGAUAUCUUUUGGUGGGGAUGGCAACAACAGGGACUUUUUAUCCUGCAGAUUACUUUACUAUUGCUGUUCAAGAAAUUUCAGAUUGACUUUUAAAAGGUCAUGUUCCUGGGAUAGGUUGAAACUGUAAUUAAGUCUUGGUUUGUGGUCACGGAGGUGCAAAUGACUCCAAUUUGGGCUUGUUUUUUUCUUUUCUAACAGCCAGAAUAGGGAAAAGUACAUGUACUCUAGCCUCUCAAAGGUAGAACGUUCCUCUAGUAAAUACUUAAUAAUUAAAUUAAAUUUGGAAGUACUUUUGAUUGUGGUGUUUUUUAAAUGCCUAAUUAAAGUUUUAUAUGCUUGCAGGUUGGCUUUUAGAACAUUAGUAAGAAAGUACAGUUGUGAUCUGUGCUAUACACCAAUGAUAGUUGCUGCUGAUUUUGUCAGAUCUAUAAAAGCUCGAGACAGUGAAUUUACUACAAACCAAGGUGAUUGCCCAUUGAUUGUUCAGUUUGCUGCUAAUGAUGCAAGACUUUUAUCUGAUGCUGCUCGUAUUGUCUGUCCUUAUGCGAAUGGAAUAGACAUUAACUGUGGUUGCCCUCAGAGGUGGGCAAUGGCAGAAGGUUAUGGAGCUUGCUUAAUAAACAAGCCAGAGCUUGUUCGAGAUAUGGUGAAACAAGUAAGAAAUCAAGUGGAAAAUCCCAGAUUUUCAGUAUCUAUUAAAAUAAGGAUCCAUGAUGACCUUACAAGAACUGUAGAUCUUUGUCGAAAGGCUGAGGCAACAGGAGUUUCUUGGAUUACAGUCCAUGGAAGAACUGUUGAAGAAAGACAUCAGCCAGUUCACUAUGAGGCCAUUAAAAUAAUCAAGGAAAACCUGUCUAUACCUGUAAUUGCUAAUGGAGACAUCAGAAACUUAAAAGAAGCAGAAAAUGUGUGGCAUAUUACUGGGACAGAUGGUGUGAUGGUUGCAAGAGGACUCUUAGCAAACCCGGCCAUGUUUGCUGGAUAUGAGGAAACCCCACUGAAGUGCAUCUGGGACUGGGUUGACAUUGCCCUUGAACUUGGAACUCCAUAUAUGUGUUUCCAUCAACAUUUAAUGUACAUGAUGGAAAAGAUCACUUCAAGGCAGGAAAAAAGAGUAUUUAAUGCUUUGUCAAGCACAUCAGCAGUCUUAGAUUACCUUACAGACCACUAUGGGAUUUGACUGGACUUCCUAAAUUAUUUUAAUAUUUACUUCACUUUGUAUCUACAGUGAAACCACCCAAGGUCAUAUUUUGGUUUCUACUUUAAGUCAGUGUCUCUCACAUAUUAGCAUAAAAACAAUACCCUGAGAACAUUUUAAAAAGUUAGGGCUAGACCCCAUCCUCAGAGAUUCUGAUUCAGAUCUCUAUGGUGGAAACAAUGUUAGUUUUAAAGAAGACCCCAAGAAGGUCAAACAUCCUGGUCAUCCUGCCAUUGACAAAUAUUGCUCUGAAUCCUAUUAUGGAUUAAAAAAAACCCCAAAACUUCAGAAUUUUUUUCCUAAAGGAAUUGUGUUUUUAACAUUUUUAAAUAAAGAAAACUUUUUAUUUUAAUACUAAAA